AUGUCUGGACGUGGUAAAGGAGGAAAGGGUCUCGGAAAGGGAGGUGCAAAACGUCAUCGUAAGAUCCUGCGAGAUAACAUCCAGGGAAUCACGAAGCCCGCCAUUCGUCGCCUCGCUCGUCGCGGUGGUGUUAAACGUAUCUCUGGUCUCAUCUACGAAGAAACUCGCGGUGUUCUUAAAGUGUUCCUUGAGAAUGUGAUCCGUGAUGCAGUCACUUACACCGAGCACGCCAAAAGAAAGACCGUGACAGCUAUGGAUGUUGUGUACGCACUCAAAAGACAAGGGCGAACUCUGUACGGCUUUGGUGGAUAG